AUUGGUGAAGACACACAUCUCAACUUUAUCCCGAAGAGUAUACAUCUAUAGAGAUGAAGUCGUUUUUGUUAUUCCUGUGCCUGGCAGCAGCUGAUAAGUUGGAUAGGACGUAUUUGCCUCCACCUGGAUCUAAGUUCUCCGGUGGAAUAGAUGGUGAUAUUCAAACUCCCUUUGAAACACCAAAAGAAACCUAUUCCACUACAACACGUCCUGAUAUUUAUAACAAUGGUGCAAUUACCCCUGAAGAUACUAAAAUAGAUAUUGGAAUAAACCGAAUACCCAUAAGACCGGGGUCUUCAGGAAAUAUUAUCACACCUGUUGGCCAAACACCGUCUGAUUAUUAUCAGAGUACCUAUAAAGCCCCAACGACGACUACAUCUUACGCUUUCACAACGACAACGACGCAUCCUCCCCAUGAAGCAUAUGAAACCACUACUGGGCAUAUUAACCCAAUAACUGGUCUUCCAACAACUGUGUACAACUUUCCCACAACAGUUCCCAACUUUAUUAGUCCCCACGGUUCUUAUCAAGAAAACCAGCAAACACCGUUUCAACAGACCCAACAACCUGGUCGUAGGCCAGCAUAUGGACAACAUUAUCCUGCCACUUCAACUUUAGCCCCAAAUUUCCAAUUUGUAGAACAAAACCGACGUGGUUUCGUUCAAGGCCAAGAUCAAAAUCUAAGUCAACGUCCGGGUUUUGCACCAGGACUAACUCAAGUACCCGGUACCUUAGCUGGAGCUGAUUUAUCUCAAUCCACUUUACCCCAAGGUAAUAACUUCAAUUCGAUUGAAAAUCAUCGCCCAGAUUUUCAACCAGGAUCUAUUCAAAGACCUGGCUUUUCACAAAGUGAAGAUUUAUCUCAAUAUCAAGGAAGCAAAUACCCAGCUAACGUGCCUAACAUGGGACAACAGAACAAUCUAGUCCCAAGUACUUUUGCACCAAGUACUACUCCUGGCACUAUUCAAUAUGGCGGGGAUCUUGAUCAAGGAAUUAUUGCCAAUCAAAAUAUUCCAUUUUCUCAAAGACCGAAUCUUUCUAGGCCUGUUACUAAUAUACCUUAUUAUCCUGGUCAAAAUCAAUCUGGAUAUAACGUAACUCCAGGUCAACAACAAGUUCUACACCAAAGUCCUUAUGGACAACCUCAAUAUGGAUCUAAUCAAGUCACAUCAGCUCCCUCACAAUAUCCUGUAUCUCAAUUAGAUGAAUUGGGAAGGCCUAUAGCUUAUAAACCUAUAUCAACAAUCUCACCUUCUUCAUUCAUCCCAGGCACAAAUCAAAACUUUGGCACUACUCCUGGAUCUCAAGCGUCUGCUACCACGGUUUAUCCUACUGGAUCUUAUCCAUCUAUUCCCAUAAAUUCUGUAACUGGAAGUCAAGUAGUAUCAUCAGGUCUUAUUUCUCAUCCAGAAAGGCCACAAGCAGAUUCUGACAGAAAUGCUGUCAUUCUUAAUUAUGAAAAUGUAAUCACUCCAGAAGGUUUCGCUUACAGUUUUGACACAUCUAAUGGUAUUCAUGCUGAUGAGAGCGGCACAGCUGUAGAUGGCGUUAAAGCUAAGGGUAGUUACUCCUACAUAGGAGAUGACGGAAAGUUGUACAGCGUAGUCUAUACAGCUGAUGAAAAUGGUUUCGUACCACAUGGUGACCAUUUACCGACAUCACCACCCAUUCCUGAGGCCAUCAAAAAAGUAAUUGAACAAGCAAAGAAGGACCAGGAAGAUGGCAUUUCUGAUAAUGGAACUUAUGAUGAAGAUAAGUAUGGACAUAUGAAAUAUCAUGGUAAAAAGCCACAACGGCCAAACCGAAUAAAUAUUGAUAGCAAAGUCCCAGAGAGCUACGAUAACAAAUAUACUCAGAAUAAUCGGCGAAAGCAAAGACCUCAGAGUGGCGACAAAAUUCCAGCAUUUUCAAACCAAAAUGACUACGAGGACUUUGAAAAUGGUCAAAAUCAAGAUAGAGAAAGUCCUAUUAAUUUGGAUCAAAAACAGAAGUUCACAAAUGAAAAAACACUAUCAAACCGGCCAGGAAAAACCUCGGAAGAAAAUAACGAGGAAUAUGAUACUCAGAUCAAAGACGAAAAAAAUAAUGAAGGAUCACGUCGUCCAAUAAACAGACCUAAGGACGAUAGGCGGCAGUUUGGAGGUCAGUUUUCUGUCCAACGACCGGAUCAAUAUUUUAGCAAUGACAAAAAUAAUCUAAGCCCCGAUCAAGGAAGUGUUUUGAAGGAAAAUUAUCCAGAUUACAAUCAAACUAUACAAAAGUAUUACAUUGACGCGGACAGAAGAAAACCAUCCAUAAACAGAUUAAUGCAUCAACUUGGAGAUAAAUUAGACAAUACACACGAUUACAUAGAUGAUCUAGGUAGUCAUGACAAUUAUAAUAGCCCAACUGAGAUACCAUCAGACUACAGAAAUGAUGGACAAAAAGAACUAACUCAAGCUGAAAUAUCUACUCGAAGACCAUCUCAAUCCUCAAAAUACAACAAUAGAGUUACCUCUACUCCUGGCCGUUAUAAAGAGAGAUAUGGAAAUAGGCUACACCCUAUAAAUGCCACUACCACACCUUAUGAUCAAUCAAAUAUUUACAACUAUCAAGAAACAAAAAGGCUUGGCGAUAUAGAUCAAUAUUUACCUGGAAAUACAUCUAAUCAGCGAGUAUCUAGCUCAACAAGUUCACCAAUUUCUAGCCAAUAUAUAGGGUCUCCAAUUGUAGUAAUGCAAAAAGAAAUAGAAGAUCAUGCGGGACCAGGUUACCACCCAGCGGCCAACAGACCGUCUUUAAAUAUUCCAUUUACAGAGACAGAUAAUUUUGAUUCAACUAUUCCUCAAUUAACUGACACUGGUAAAGCUAACGGCCCUAACUUGGUGUAUAAAUACGAUUCCAUUAAAGGAAGGCCACAGACACCUACUUCAUCUGUACCUAAGCAAGAUAAUGAGUACUAUGGCAGUCGAAUUGAUGAACCAGGUGUAACUGGAGUUCAUAAUAUAAAUCAUCCUAUUCCUGGUCGAAUCCCUACUGAAGCCAAUAGAUACACAACUAUCGCUACAAAAAAGAAAGAAGAAGGCUAUCAAUAUUUACCUCCUCAGAGGAAAUUUGAACACGCCUCGCAGCGCCCACAAAACUAUGACACAACUUCUGUUAGACCAUCAAAGAAUAGAACUUAUUUCACUAAAGAAGAAGUUCCUAAACCAUUUACAACACCUGAUGCUUCUCGAGAUGAAAAUGCACAAUAUGAUGAUUUAGAAUACACGCAUGACAUUAAUAAAGAUAACACACCUCAUAGCGGUAGUGUUCAAUCAAAUCUGCAGCUUACCACUCCAUCUUUACAUUCAUAUGAAGAGAAUAAUAAAUAUGGUCCUGUAAACUAUAAUGUUAUUGGUCAGCGAAGACCAUCGAUUCUUGGCGGAAGAAAUGAAGAUGAAAAUGACAAAUUUACUACUAUUGGUUCAACUCGUCGACCAACUUACCAGCAAACUCAAACAACGUCUAGACCACAGCAACAAUAUGGCCAGACUGUCUCCAUUUAUGACACUACUAAAGGAGCUCCCACAAGUACAGUGAGGCCGCAGGAAAGUGAACAUUAUUACGAUAGAAAUGGGAAUGAAAUUGUUUACAGGCCUUCUCCUUCUAGGCCAUCUCAGACCGGUCAAUUCGAAGUCACGCAGCCCACUACUCUAGAACCUGUAAGACAAAAUAUAGAUGGAUUUGUAGGAGGAAAUGAUCAAUCUCCAGUCCAAAGAUUCUUCCCUACAACAACUAAAGCACCUGCUCAGAUACCUGUAGGCUAUAACGGUAAACAUGUUUACGAACAAAUGCCAUCUCAACCACCGUAUCAAACUACCUACAGACCAAUGUUAUCCGUCACUUCAGGAGUAGAUUCAGAUGAAGUAACAGGUACAACGGUAAGACCUGAUAAGAUUCCUUUCAGAGGACCAGGAUAUUCACAAAGUCAAAUUCCAAGUACAACUUACAGACCAGCAUAUUUCCCAAGCAAUACUGCUACUGAAAAACAAAUAAUUGUAGAUAAAUUCGGCCGACCUGUACCACAUUCUGGGUUAGUAAAUCAGCAAGGUAGUGCUAGCUAUAGACCGUCUUCUAUUCCCAACAAUACUGUGACUGAAAAACAAAUCACUGUUGACAAAUUUGGCAGACCUAUACCACCCUCUGACAUUAUAGGAAGUCAGCCAGCAGUUCCUAGUAGUACUAGUACCUAUAGACCUUCUUUCAUCUCCGGCAAUACUGUUACUGAAAAGAAAAUUACUGUUGACAAAUUUGGACGACCCUCUGAGGUAAUAAACCAGCAAGAAUAUAAACCAGGAUUUUCUGAUGUUAUAGAAAAUGUUGGUCCUUCUAGUCAGGGCUCGUUAACACCUGAAGGAGAAUUAAAACCAAGUGUAGAUAUGUAUGGAAGACCAUUAAGGCCCAGUGUCACGACAACAGAGAAGGUUAUCGGAGAAAACUUCAGUGGACCUAAACAAGCGCAGAGAUUUGAUCCCGAGCGCGGCUAUUAUUAUUAAUAGGAAAAUUGAAAUAAUUUAUUUUAGUUAAUAUGUAUA